CUAAAAUCAACCCCUCCCUAACACCGAAAAAAAAACAAUCAAGACCGAAAAAUGUGAUAACUCAAAAAAUCUAGAAAUAAUGUAACCCCAUAGAGACUAUCUAGAAAAAAACCUUUGGCUAAAUGAAGGAAAAUGUCUGAGGCAAUGUUGACGAAUCAGUCGGAGCAUCAAUCAGAAGAAUUAAAUUUUACCGCUUUCACUGAUUUAUGUCGUUUUUGUUCACUAAAAAAUGGUCCUAAGCUGCAUCUGUUUGACAAAGAGGCCGAACAGAGGCAGAUCAUCUUCAAAAUACGCUCCCUACUGCCAGUGGUGAUAACCAAGGAGGAUUUUUUGCCAAAGAAAAUUUGCGAGCUUUGUGUUAAUCGACUGGAAUUGCUAUUUGAGUGGAGGGCCAAUUGUGUUCAGACCGAUGUUGUGCUGCGGACCUAUGCAGAAUCCAUGAGAGCUGUUACUGCCACAAUAAACUUUCAGGAUGGUCAGGUGAACAUUGACAAAAUGUCCUCAGCGCAGAAGAAUGCCUAUCUGGAGGCUCAUAUGGCUGUGCAGCAGCACAUGGCCCAAGCUGCGGCUAUGCAGCUCAAACAGCAGGUUCUGUCGCGACCCGGCGGUCAUACCAAUGACACCUCAGGCAAUCAGCAACCACCCCAACAACCCGGCCAGACGCAACAUUCUCCCUCAAAUGUGACCUCAUCGCAACACUACGGCAGUACAAUAAAGGUUCCACAAAUUAGCUCAUCGAGUUCAGGUGGUGCCGACAGCACGUUCACUGUUCCCGAUGAUGUCGGAAUGGGAUACGAAGGAGGAGUACGCGUUCUGCAGAGUUUGGGGAACUGGACCCCAGAUAUUCCUCCAAAUGUGCCACGUCCAAACUUGAUACCCUUCACGGAGCCUUACGUUGAAGGUGGCUCAAUGCACCCUGCAAGUCGCCUAAAGGCACUGCAGCAAGUGCAACAAGCCUCAAGUGGUAUUAGAAAAGCGAACACAUCAUCCAAAAGUACUAGCACAGGCGACACGAGUCACAAGGCGUUCGAGUGUUCAGUGUGCGGAAAGGGAUUGGCCCGAAAAGAUAAAUUAACGAUUCACAUGCGUAUCCACACGGGAGAAAAACCUUACAUUUGUGAAGUGUGCAAUAAAGCAUUUGCCAGACGAGAUAAGCUUGUGAUCCAUAUGAAUAAAUUUAAGCAUGUUACCCCAACCAACAUUGCACCACUCGGGAAGCGCCACAAUAAUUUGACGGUGAAGAAGAAGGAGGAGAACAACGAGAACAACAAACAGUCAACAAUUGAUCAUCAGAGUCUGUCACAGACUCCGACCGUGGCCCACAGUAUGGUACCUCCGCAGCAACCACAUCCGCAGACCAGCGCCCCAAUUCCGGGGGUACCGUUGCCCCAUCAUCAUCAGCAACAGCUGUCGUGGACAUGUGAACUCUGCGGAAGAAUGUUCUCCACCAGAGAUGAGUGGUCUUUGCACGCCAAGAGUCACUUGGAGUAUUGACAUCAGGAAAAGGCAAAUGGAGAGAUAUCACAUCAUGGGAAUGGCUCAGGUGGAACAGGUAGGAAUCCAGUGAAGGACAAAAUGUUGUUACCUCAUCAAAACCAAGCUAUUCUGUCGCAGCAGCUGCGGCCUCAAGGGGCUCAUCAUCCAACAUCAAGCGGCGCCAUAAACGGCUACCCAGCAAGUAGUAAAUCACCGGCUGUUCAGCAAUUUCUCCACUCACCGUCAACCUCCAGUACGGAUCUAGAUGAGCGUCAAUGGCAUCUCGGUCAGUGCGCUAUCUUAGCCAAUUCCUCCACGCUCCAGCAUCAUCAAUAUCCCGUCAACAGUGGCCUCUCAACGCCACAAAUCUCAGCCUUCAGCACUCAAUAAGAAAAUCCAGAGAAAAACCUCCUUAUCUCUGGACAAUCAAAACUCUCCUCCCUAUUCCUCCUCCUUCAAAAAUUUCAAUUCCGGUGUACAUAUACCAUCCCUCUCCUAAACACCAAAAAAAAACAACCAUAAACAAUUCUAAAGCAGCAAAAAAUCAACCAAUGAAUAAAAUUCAAAAAAAAAGAAAAUAAUCUUGUCAAAACCAAUUUUACACAUUCAAGUAAUAACUUUAUAAAAUAGAACAUUUUUAUGAUAAAGAGAAAUCUGUAAACGCGCUUUUGAUCCAUUAACAACAUGAGUAGAAAAUGGACUUAUUUUGUAUGAAAAAAGAAGAUAGUGCAGAAACUUUUGCAACUUCGAUGUAGAUAUUUGUUAAUUUUCAAAUGAACAUUGAGAGUAUGAUCCAAACAAUAAUAUUAAAAAAAAAUCAAGAAAAAAAGUAAUGGACUUGUAAAAAAAAUAGACGAAAAUAAUCAAACUAAUACCUUAAAUUUGAGGAAUCAUUUAAUAUUUGAGGGGACUUAUAACUCAUUAUAUAAUAAAGAAAAAUAGAAAAAAAAUAUAUUAACUGAAUAUAUAUCACAUAUCUGAAUUAGAAAAUUUACGUUUAUUAUUACUUAUGACGAGAUAAUUGAAACAUGAGUCUAAUGGAUAUGGGAUAAUAAAUUGAAGGGAAUCUCUCUGGGAUUAGCGCAGAGAAGUGAGCAAGUGAAUAAAGAUAUGUAAAACACCUAGAUUGUAAUACAAUAAAAAUCAACUUAUUCAUGAAAUUUCAA